AUGGGUAUUUGUGUAUCCACUCCUGCAAAAGGGAGAGGAGAAUGGAAUCAUGAAUCGGAAGCCAUGGUAAUCCAUGUGGAUGGAAAGCUAGAACAGUUCAAGGAACCAACGAAAGUCGAGGAUCUGAUCUCUAAGAAUCCCAAUUGUUUCCUCUGCAACGCCGAAUCCAUCUUCGUCGAUUCCUGUAUUCCUUCAUUGCCAGAUGAUGAAGAGCUUCAAUUUGGGCAAAUUUAUUUCCUAUUACCAGUCACAAAGCAACACAUACCUGCUUCCCUCACCGAUUUGUGUGUUCUUGCCAUUAGAGCUGCCACCGCUCUUCGUAAACAAGAUUUACAAAUGCAGGAAUCAUCAUCUCAAUUUUACGGUAGACGUGCUUUGAGUUUUCCGGCCAGGUCUCGAAAAGGUCGAAACAGCUCGGCGGAUUCCGACAUUAAUCGACAUCGCCGGAAUAGGAUUUCAGGUCGAACCUUAUCCUUGUAA